UCCGGUAAUCAAGCUUACCCCCUCCUCCGUACCCUCCCCGACUCUCUCACUUCUCCCACUCUCCUCUCCCGAAUCCAACUGAAUCAGAAACGAUCCUCCGGACGCACAGACACCGUUUGCAUUUCUGGAUCCGAAAGAAAAGGAAUUAUAGAAAAUUCUCCCUGCAGAGUGCCUCCCAUCCAAUCGAUGUCCCGCCCAGAGUCAAUCCCACAGCGUGCAGCACCUUGCAACCCGCUCCCCCAAAUCGGCUCUUCUCAACCACUCGUUUUUCUGGGAAAGUCCUGCAGGGAAUGGACAGACCUUUUACAGAUUACAGAUAUCAUGCACCACCGGCUGUGCUGUGACUGUCGAAAAACUGACAGGGUCAAACUCGACACCAUCCGUAAUUACCACUGUCUUCUCUAGCCCACCGUCCGUUAUCUACUCCCGUGUCAUCCACCGGCGCCGUGCAUUUCGGCAUGACUCGAGCCUCACCGGCUUCGCUGAGCCUAUAGCUCUUGCAAAAUUCCUGCGUCGCGUGCAGCUGCGUAUCGUCUCGUCUGAUACCGUGGAUGUGCAGUACUAACCCCCCCUUUUCUUGAUUCGGGUCGGAGCGACACCCUGACGCGACGUGGCUCGUCCAUCAACCGUGGAUUUCUCCACUCGUGUCAUAACCAGAACAUCCCCCACCCAACGGGUCUGGCUUCAAAAGCAUGGCCUCGUCCCAUUACUCGAGAGGGUGUGUCCUCCUAUUGCGCGCAUAGAAUUGAUCUGGUUUUCUCUCGACGCUUCAAGAAAGUAUGGGCCUCGGUCGCGCGACGCGUCUUUAUUCGGGCCAAGGGUGGAUCAUCAGUUUCGACUCGGGACGGAGGGCCAUCGUGGAGAGCGAUCGUGCUGGGAAUAGGAAAGAUCUCGAGAAGGACGAAUAUCAAAUGACAACUUCGUCACGUCUUUGGAAAUCCUAGGGAGCAUUCUACUGGGCAAAUGUUCAAUUUAGAAAGUAUCUCGAGGCAGGCACCGGGCGGUGAGCGCGCGCGACGGCCGGUCAGUUUAGGAUUAUCUUUUGAAUGAAGUUGUGCAUCUCUCUACCUUUUCUGUCUCUCUUUCUCUCACGCAAUACCUGAGGAGUCCUCCGCUCUCCCUUUCUCUCAGGCAAUUCUCCCACAAUCACCAUCAUCUCCAUCACCACCGUCAUCUCUACAUCCAUCUAGCUCCAAAACCAACGUACCUGUCUCUCCACCCCCCACCGAAGUCCGUGUUCGUCAUGUCCACCCAUGACAACGCGGACUCUCCAGAGUCCGUGGCACCAUCCACCAAGAUGGACUCGCCCUUGAUCAACGGCCAUAGCCUGAAGACCAACGGCCACCCCUCGCGAUCCUCCCACUCACCUCAUCCCCCUCUCAAAAAAGAACUCUCCGCCGAUGCCAACACACCCAUCACCACUCCCGGGAGAACACCAACAUCCGAUUCGCCCGUCAAAGAUGACCCCGAGAUGAAGCAGGAAACGGUAGGCGGCGAUAUCGUCGUCAAGCAGGAACUGGGCCAACCUGCCAAGCUGUCGCGGAGCUCGUCCCAGAAGAUCGUGCCCCGGCCACCGCAGCUGUUUUCGCAUUUGCCGGACAGCACGGCCGAUGCGCUGGCUACGUUCGAGCAGAUUGAUGCUUGCUGGUAUGCGAAUAAGUAUAUGGGGUAUACGGAGCAUGCAAUGGAGUGCGACUGCGCUGAAGAAUGGGACUCCGAGGCCGGCCAAAACUCAGCAUGUGGCGAAGAUUCCGACUGCAUCAAUCGUGCGACCAAGAUCGAGUGCGUAGGUGAUUGUGGAUGUGGACCCGACUGUCGCAACCAAAGAUUCCAAAAGAAGCAAUACGCGCCAGUUGCCGUCAUCAAGACCGAGAAGAAGGGAUUCGGUCUGCGGGCAGAGGUCGAUCUGGAUCCGCACCAGCUUAUCUUUGAAUAUGUCGGCGAGGUGGUUGGCGAAGCGCAGUUCCGGCGUCGGAUGAGGCAAUAUGAUGAGGAAGGCAUCAAGCAUUUCUACUUUAUGUCCUUGAACAAGGGCGAGUUCGUGGACGCAACGAAAAGAGGCAAUCUGGGCCGUUUCUGCAAUCAUUCGUGCAACCCCAACUGUUAUGUCGACAAGUGGGUGGUGGGUGAGAAGCUGCGCAUGGGCAUUUUUGCCGAGCGUGCAGUUCGUGCGGGCGAGGAGCUCGUCUUCAACUACAAUGUCGAUCGGUACGGCGCGGAUCCACAGCCGUGUUAUUGUGGAGAGCCAAAUUGCACGGGAUUCAUCGGUGGACGGACCCAAACCGAGCGGGCUACCAAGCUGUCCAAUGCGACCAUUGAAGCCUUGGGCAUUGAAGAUGAAGACGGCUGGGACACGGUGGUGGCCCGGCGACCCCGCAAGAAGAAGACUGAAGAAGCCGAUGAGGAGUACGUGGACAGCGUGCAACCCAAGUCGCUGGAUGAGGAUGGCGUGACCAAGGUCAUGGCCGCGCUGAUGCAAUGCCAGGAGAAGUGGAUUGCCGUCAAGCUGCUGGGUCGUAUCCAAAGGUGCCAGGACGAGCGUGUACGCAACCGAGUUGUCAAGAUGCACGGUUAUCAAAUUCUCAACUCGCAGUUGGCCAUGUGGAAAGAGGAUCGCAAUGUGAUCAUGCAGAUUCUGGACAUUCUAGACCAGUUCCCGCGCCUAACGAGGAAUAAGAUUAUUGAUUCCAAGAUCGAGUCAAAUAUUCAGCCAUUGACGACCACUGAUGACGAGCGCGUGGCGAGCACGGCCGCGGCUUUGCUUGCGAGCUGGGCCAAUCUGGAAGUUGGAUAUCGUAUUCCACGGAUGAAGAGGGGUGAUCAGCAAGCCAAGCAGGCUGUCAACCAAUUUGAGCGUCGUGAGUCUGGGCGAGAGCAACAGCAGCGAGCUGUGAGUCGCUCCCCGUCACCCGUGGAACCACAACCGCGAGGAGGACAUGGUGUUGGUCAGCCACGACGAGACCGGAAUUUACAUCACCAUGGAGGUGGUGGACCUGGCGCUGGCGGAGGGCCAGGUGGACGAUCACGUCGGGAUCGUCGCCAUGAUCCUCGCAACCGGCAGCCUUUGCCUGAGGGAUGGUUUACCGCGGAGGCCGAAGGGGGUCAGGUUUACUAUUACUCAGCUUCGGGAGAGACGACAUGGAAACGCCCGACGGCACCAGCUGCAUCUGCUACUACGCCGGCUGCCAACAAGCGUAACCAGGCGCUGCAGAGUAUCAUCGAUGGUAUCAUGAACUCGCAAGACAAAACGCCCUCUGAGCAGAAGACUGCGACACCGGGGACACCACAGGCCUCGUCCGACCCGCAACCAGAGAGGAAAAAGAAGGAUGCAGAUUGGUGGAAGAAGCUCUCUUUGGAGAAACAGAAGAAGCUUUAUGAGAAUACGCUUCACCCUACAAUCAAGCACGUCGUGGAUCAAUUCAGGCAUAAGCUACCGAAAGACGAUCUGAAGCGUUUCGCCAAAGAGAAACUUGUCGAAGGCGACUACAAAAACGGGCGCGUCACCGAUCCAACCACGAUCAGCGACAAACAUAAAAAAACAGUCAAGAGCUACUGCAAAUCCUUUUUUGAAAAAGCCGCCGCCAAACACAAGGAGCGCGAGGCCCGUAAAGGCCAGAAACAAGCCACAACCCACUCCUCUACCGCAACCGACCCCAAACCCGACAGCACAACCGCCGACGACCCAGACGUGAAAAUGUCCGACGACGAAGCCGACCCAGUCACACAUCCACAUCCAGACCCAGAUGUCAGCGCUGAGCCUCCCACACCCAUGGACGAGGACUCUACCACCUCCACGCUCAAACGCAAGCGCGAUGGCAAUGCGAUUUCACCCGGUGUAGAUGCACAUAUCACCUCGGAAGUUGACAGUUCACCAUCGAAACGUCAGAAAUCUACUCCGCCACCCCCUCCACCUCCACCGCCGCCGAUGGAUGGACCUGCCGAUGCAGACGACCCUGACACGUCCGUUUCGCCGCCUUCAGCCUCGGAGCCAAAGGCGAAGGAUUUUCCCGGUGAGCACGGGACUGAUAUCGACAUGAGUGAUAUUCAGCCCCAUCCGGCCGUCCUCAGUGUCCAGGGAAAUGUAUAGCGUUCCCCGGUUACUGUGAGGUCCGAAGCCCUGACGAGGUCCAGUGACAGAAGACAGAAGACAGGAGACCGUGCUCCGAUCCGAUCUAAAUGGAACUGGACUAGACGAGUGGUUUUCUCUUUCAUUCUUGUGAUCAAGCAACUCCCUUUCCCUCCAUAAACAUAGGUGUUAAUUUUUGCAACUUUCGGAAAUGGGAUGGUAAAGCAAAAGCGUUUUUUUUUUUUUUUCAUCAUUCAUGAUUCAUCAUUCUACUUGUUCCUCAUGCAUGGGAUUGGUUCACAUCCCCGUCUCCUCUACCGGUCUCUAUCCCCUAUAUCCUGGAGCCAAAUGAUCAUUUUCCUCAUUCACAUCUCCCUCCGAUUCUCUAUUCUAGAAAUUGUGUUUAUUCCAUUCUUUUCAACCUCCCCCACUUCCACACCUCAGCAUCCUACCAUCUCUCAUCAUUCUCUAUAUCCAUCCUCGUCCUCGUCCUCACCUUUUUCGGCUCAAUCUCAACUUCUUCCAUCCAUCCAGCCUUGUUUGAGGUGUAAGCAGAAGGGUGGUGGGAUUUGCACUUACUUUGCUCUCCCUUCCUCUUUUCUUUUCUUUUCUUUUCUUGGUUUUUAUUGUUUGUUUUUUUUGUUUUUUUUUUGCUUGGUCCUCGGUCUUCUCUACUGGAGAAUUGGCUUUGGAUGGCUUGUUACUUGGUUCCUAGCUGGCUACGUAUUUCGAAUACCCCCCGACAUAGUUGCAAUUAAGGAGUUUGGGAUACGUUUUUGUUCCACCGUUUUUGCGUAAUAGCAUAGCAUAGCAUUUGUGGGUAUUUUGUGGAAUAGCUAUGUAUGGUUUGAGUAUGUAUGUCCGGG